AUGGACGCCGGCGGUGUGCAAGUUCAACAUCAACCGUCCAGCCAAGAUCCUACCAGACAACCCUGGAGGAAUAAUAAUUCAAACGGUGACCAAGGUAAACGUAGGGAUAGCGGUAGCAACAAGUCUAAACCCAUAAAUCUAAAGUCCAUUAAUGUGGAGCGUGCUCAGAGUGAGAAUCAUACUUCAAAAACGGCUGGUAGCAAUAAUGGAGCUCAAUCUUUUCCUAGACAAAAUCAACAAGUUUAUGCCAUGCAGCCAACAAAGACCGCAACUCUUGUAAAAACUGCACCUCAACAACAAAUGAAUUUAUCUAGGUCUCCACCUCAAAUAACCAACAUGCCUACCAGGUCUUCACCUCCGCAGACUGUAUUUGUUUCAAGGUCUUCUCCUCCCCUAAAUGCUUACAAUAAUUUGUCCAGGAGUCCUCCAAAAAAUAAUGGUCCUGCUACUGCUCCCACUCCCAAACAAAAUCAACAAAAAACAGCCAGUUCUUCUAGACCCACCCCCAAGCCACUCAAUUUGUCAAAGUCGUCUCCUCACGUUUCAAAUUUGAGCAAGGUUCCUCAAACAGCAACUUUUCCUCCAAAGGUUAAUAGAGCCCUCAAUCUUCCAAAUCCUCCAAAAACUGCAACCUUUGCUUCAAAGUCAUCAGGGUUUCCAAAGGACACCAGGCAAUCCAUGAGAACACCACAGUCUGCUACCUUUCAACCUACUUACGCUUUCAUGUAUGGUGAUCCAACAUAUAUUCAAACCGUUGAACCAUCUCGUUUUAGACGUUAUAGCUCUACACCUGCUCCUCUUAGAUUUGUGACAGCUGAUUAUCGUCAGGUUCAGUUGGGACCAGGUACUCCUGUGGUCGUUCUCAGUCAUCCUGAUGAUUCCGAUUCUCAAGGUUCAUCACCACCUACUCCAGGCUACGGUCCUCCUGAAGGUUUCAAUGGUGCUGAUAUUUAUGAUCUAUGCACCAUGCCUCCAUGUGAGGAGGAGGAAGAGUAUGUUCCUCAAACACCUACUGGAACUUUGCAAAAUCAACGUUCUAAUUCUCUUCCUGCAAAGGAUGAAAGGCGAAGAAGCGUGUUAGGGGGGCCUACGAAAGUGCAUUCUGACGCAGUUCUUCCGAUUCGUCAACCUAAAGGACCUGACAUAGCCAAAAACUUUGCCACUCGCAUUCGUCGAAAAGCUGUAAAUAAGCUAUACGCGGCUGCUGCUGAAAGACGAAGCAAAUCAGCUGCUGAUAGAAGAAAAUCUGCAAU